UCCCGCGUAUCGAUUUAUUGAAAAACGAAACUGAAACCAAGCAAGGUAAAACAAAAGAGGAACAGAUGUCUGUAAUGCCACCAAAAUUAUAUCAUGGAUGUGGAAGAGGUGUGUUUGGUCUCAAACAGUGGGACAAACCACUACGUAGACCAAGAGUUUUGAUUCCAGAAAACAAUCAAGGAGAAACUAUAAAAAGUCCUGAUGCAUUAAAAAGUCCUGAGAUUAAAUGUGGAGACUGGGCUAAUUAUGCUGACAAGACAGAUGAAGUAAAUUUAAUUCCAAAUCAGAAUUUAGUAGUGAAAUACAGUUAUAAAGCUAAUGCAGACAGUCCAUUAGGAGAACCAGAGCUUACUAUAACACAGAAAGAUACGGCUGUGUUUAUAUCAUAUCAUCAAUAUAAUAAUCUAUGGUCCAAAAUCAGAAGUUCUGAUGGACGAGUAGGAUAUGUACCAACAUCAUAUGUCAUGGCAGUAGAGGAAGAAGUUACAUCGUUACCAUGGUUAAAGAAACCUGAGCCUGUCAAACAAGAGGAAGUGCAAUUUAAACCCUACAAGUCAGCCUAUGCUAAGAACGGCCCUGCUGAAACUGACGCUGAAAAGGAAGAUAAUCUGAAAAAAUAUUACUGUGAUAUUUGUCAAAAACAGCUAAAUGGACCUCAGCCUUUCAUAGCCCACAUGAAUAGUAAAGCUCACAAAGAAGAGGUAGAAGCCCAACAGGAAUAGAAAAUUUCAGGCAAGGUUGUUUUUUUAGUAUAUGAACAUUUCCUCCAGGAUAGGAGUUUGUUAAGACUUUUGGCAGGGAUGUCUUACAAGAUAUUAUGAUCUUCGAGAACAAUUAAUUUUAGCUUUUCUUAAUUUUUGCAAUUUUAAAAGUUCAUUUUGUACAUGUAUAAGUUGGUUUUUGCUGUAUGUAUGAAAAUGUGUUUUUUUUCCCCAUAUAUAAUCCUGUAGAUAUUGCUAACAAAUAUUAUGACAGAGUGGUUUAUUUGUUACAUAUGUAUUCUUUUGAUAUAUUGACUUCUCAAAAAAAGAACAAAAUCAUGCCUUAAUUUUUUUUAUUCAAAUAAUUCCAUUCACUAUAAAUUUCAUUAAAAUAAGAACAAGAACCAGACAAAAAACUACAGACUUUUUUGAACCACUAUCAUUAUGCCUCUUGCACUAUAUUUGAAAAUGAUCAAACAGAAUAUAAAAGGCAACAAACAAUUAGAAAUUACGAAUGUUAAAUAAAUUACAUUACACAUAAAUUGAAGCUUAAAAAAUAAAAUGUGUACAUCUAUUUUCACUGUUACAAAGCUGUGGGAAUUUUCAUUAGUGCUAUAUUAUAUCUGAUUUACUUCUACAAUUUGUGAAUAUGAUCAAACAAUGCUCUGGAUUAGACCCAUGAGAUUAACCAUCAUUAUGCUGAAAGCUGGAAUGCGAUUGGCAAGUAUUGGCUUCGACAAUUUGACAAUAAGUAUUAUGAUCAAUAUUUUUUAUGUAAAUGUUCAAAUAUUAAUGGACUAAAUCUUAAAAAUAUUCCUUUAUUUUAUCAGAAAAUGGUCUAUACAUGGUCUAAUUUUCUAAAAAUUGGAGAUAAUCCCAAAACAAAGCACGAGGUACUUAAUAUGAGACUAUUUGGUAAUUCAAAAAUUUUAUUCCAAAAUAAGCCAUUGUUUUUUUCUUCCUUUCUAAAAAGUAACAUGAAAUAUAUCAAAGACAUAUGGAAUGAAGAAACCAACGAAUUUUACAGUUGUUGUUCUAUAUUUGAAAAACUUGUGGAUAAAAGAAACUGUAUAUCGGAAUUUUCAAGAGUUAAAAGUUCAAUACCAAUCGACUUCUUACAAAUUUUAGAAAUUAAUAAUGAAAUUAAUGUAAAAACAAACAUAGAAUUGAAACUUUCUGAUGAAAUGUUCAUAUUAGAUAGAAAUGACAAAAAAAUCAAACCUAAAGAAUUGAAACUCAAAUAUAUUCGAGACACGAUUAAUCAGAAAAUAUAUCCAAAAUGUCAAAACAAAUGGCAAGAA